CAGCCGUCCACGCCCCCGUGUGCCCGAAUGCGAAUGUUCUUGAAUUGCUGUAGCGUCGCCGCCCAUGCGCCCACAACGUUGCAUUGUCAACGAACAGCUUCAAGUUGGGUGGCCCUUCAAGUUUGCGGAAUUCGUUGAAGGGCCUGCGAUAAAAGCAUAGGUCUCACAUAGCAUAUGCCCCCAUUACAAGGAGAAAAUACUUCUUACGAUUGUUUUCGCACAGACUAUGGCCUGAAACAAAAAAACUUGUUGUGUUUACAAUUUGUUUAAGACAAUUGCCAGCGCCCUGCCUUGCCCGUGUUUUUUACUCCAGCCUUGCAACCGGAUUUCAUUCUCAUUUGUCCCACGCAACUCCUAUAUUAUAUUUGACACCAACUGUUUGCUUGGUCCGUGCCUGUUCCCACUGGAAUAAAAUAACAUUUUGCAUCGCAAUGUGUUGUCAUGUGGGCGCGGCAGGGCCCGUGUUUGGCCGAUUGAAUGGCCUGCGCUUGCGGACCAAUCGUGUUCAAACUGGCAUGCACGACGAAGAGAUGAACACAAGCCAGACAGACAACAAAACCAGGCCGACAGGUUUGUAUGGCACAGGGCUUUGCAAACAUGUUUACAUCAAAGGUUCUUUUGGACAUGACAACAAGACCAAGAAUGAACAACUACACAUUUGCCACCGUUUUUCGUCCACGCGUGGCUUCCGAGAGGUACUUUGCAGCGAGCAUGAAACACAUUUCUUCUUCACAUUGUGCAUUUUUGUGUUGACCGGCAACCGAGGGGCAAUUGGUUUUCUCUUCCGGUCAUCAUCCUCAUUUGUGCAACGGCCGCGUUGGAAACGCUACAAUCUCACAGCGGAAGGGGCUGGAUGCAAAACAGUGACCCUGACAGAUGACGGCUACAGCAUUGAAUCAGACACUCCAAAAUCUACAGGAGGCUCCGGCACAGCCCCACAGCCAGUGCAGCUUUUGUUGGCAGCUUUGGUCGGUUGUGAACAAGCUACAGCCAAAUUUGUUGCUAUGAAGAUGCGGGUGCCUCCGAUCCGGCGCAUUCAGUUUGAACUUCAUGCCGAACGCGAUGAAUGGGGAAGCUUAGCCGGCCCCAUUGACCAACACCCACUACAGCCAAGCAGAUUGCAGAGGAUUUGGGGCACCGCACAUGUCUACAGUGAUGCGAACGCGAGUCAAAUCCGUGCCAUUUCAGAAGCCGUGAAAAAACGCUGCCCAGUUGCAAGUUAGAUGUCCGGUGGGUCAAGGCAGACGAGUGACACCCAGCACAUGCUACAGCUUGGAACAGUGGCCUCAAGCUUGCGCUUUGAACAUCAUGAAGUCAUGCCCAUCACAUUCUGCUGCGAUCCCGCUGCGGAAGAUGGUGCCGAAGAUGAAGGCUGUAUGGCAUACCGGCCAUCAGCACUUGCUCAAACAUUUGAUGGCUGUUAUAACCAGAGUUCUUUACACAUUUGACCGCCAAACACUUCACAGGUUUCAUGCCCUCCGAUUGCUGGUUUUCACAAAAUGGGCCAUGCGGCGGAGCAGACGGGCAAAGACAAUCAAAAUACAUGCACAACCUACUCUUCUCACCAAGGUCGUAGGUAGAUGUAGGUUUU